AUGUCUGAUCCAAGCGCCGAGCUCCAAUCCACACUCCGCGAUCUGGCCAUUGGCAAGAAAGGACCAGUCCAGGAUAUACCACGACCAAUCCCCAGCAAAACCUCCGCCCCGAAAACAUCCAAGCCCUCCAAAAAGCCCGUCGCAGACUCCUGGGAAGACGAAGCCAACCUAUCCAGCGACGACGAGGCAGCCACCAAGUCAAACCUGGCCUCCCCAUCCGUCCUCUCGCCUACAAUCAGCGCAGAAGGACCGCUAGAUCCUCCGCCCACGCCUAUCUCCCCACAGACGUCGUACCCGUGGCCUGGCUGUGCGGGCUCUGCGUCCCCCGCUGCGGGGCAGAAGGAUCCGGCCCGGAGGCCUGAGAAGCAGACUGCCGUGGCGGAGAGGUUGAUUGCGGGCGCGUUGGGGAUUCGGGCGCCGAAGCGGACGGAGGAGCAGAGGGCUUAUGAUCGGUCUGUGAAGGAGCAGGAGAUUCGGCGGAGGAAUCGGGAGCGGGAGGAGUUGGCUAAGACGAGGGAGGAGGAGGAGCGGGCUAAGGCUUCGGUUUGGACUGAUUAG